AUUUCUUUUGAGUAAACAAUUGAUUAGUUUUUAUUAUGAGAUUUAGUUUUUAGUAUAGUUAUGUUCAUCACAAUUAUAUAAUAUCAGUAUUAGUAGCGGAAUGAUCAGGGUCACAAGCAUUGUCCAUUUGUUACGUUAAUUCAUGUCCAUGUAUCACGUUAACUGUUAACUUAGCCAGGUUCUAAUCGUUGUCAAUGUAGAGUAUUUAGAAAUUGUUAGCAUUUUAUUAUUACAACUAAUCGAUAGAAACGGAAACCAAGUCUAGUGUCCACUACUGUGUUAUCAUUGAAUACCCAAUACUUAAGUGCAAUGAAAUUGGCGAAACUGAAGCCCAAGAAUGUGUCCGAUGCUAUCGGCACACUGUUCCUGGUGUUGGCCGUCGGAUCCACUUUCAUCUUCGAAGUCCAGAUGGUCUUACCGCGUAUUCACACCAUCGACGCGACCGUCAAUUACUUUCAUAUAAGUGCCGGUAUUUUCAUAGUAUUCAACAUUAUGUCAAACCUCUGGUGUCUCAUGACUACCGAGAACUCGACCGCAGGGCUGAUGAUGCCGUCCGUCCUGAAGCCCAACUGGAGGUUCUGUAUGGUCUGUGAGGGUAACUCUCCUCCGCGGUCCUAUCACUGCCAGAUAUGCGAUGAAUGCGUACUCAAGAGAGACCAUCACUGCGUCUUCAGUGGUUGUUGUAUCGGUUAUAAGAACUUUAGAUUUUAUUACGGAUUACUGCUAUACGUAGGAAUCGGCGGCUUUUACGCCACAGUAUUGAACCAAUUCUUCGUUUGGGAAGCACUGGGAGGGUUCAGUUGGAUAACAGUUGCCAAUCAUCUGUUGCCGUUCCCCUUCUGGCUAUUCGGACGAAUAUCAUUCCCAGUAAUGGUCUACACAUUCAUAUCAAUCGUCGAUUUGUGCGGAUUUCUGUUCGGUGUAAGUCUUCUCUACUAUCACUCGAUGCUAAUGAUCAACAAUCAGACCACUUAUGAGAAGAACAAAGGCAUCACUCAAUACAGUUUAGGCCAUUGGAAGACCAAUGUGGUCGAGAACUUAGGGUCCAAUUGGGUGGCGGCUAUACUCUUGUCCCCAUUAGUGAGCUCUCCAUUGCCUCGAAAUGGCAUCGAUUUCCCGACAAUUAAAGAAAAUUCACUCAAUUCGUCGAAAUCGAAAUGA